AUGUUCGCGCUUCUACUCUUGCUUGGCUGUGUCAACCCAUCACUCGCCCAGUCCAAUUCAACAGCCCUGGAAGGCUGGCAGUUGGAUGACAAUACACGCUCAAGUUGGGACAUUUUCUGGACUUGUGUUUCAACAAUCCUUGCUUGCACAUGGACGGCUCUACACAUUUCUGUCCCAACCCGUGCUCAAACACAGACAGAAAAUCUUUGGCUGAAGGCACUGGCAUGGAUAGGCACGAUACUUGCGCCGGAGUUUAUGGCUGGAACUGCAGCCGAAGAAUUAUGGCAGGCAAGGUCUGCUGUGGCACGCUGUAAUGCUGCUUUCCGCAUAAUAAACAGCGAAGGAGAUGACACAAGCCCCUCGGAAGUUGAAGUUCCAGAAACACCAGAGACGGAGGGAGAUGACACAAGCUCUUCGCAAGUCUCAGAAACACCAGACAUGGAAGAAUUUGAUGGUCGCUGGGGCACUGUCCAGGGCUUUUGUCUUGGUAUGCAUGGUGUUCUUCUCCAGACUAAGGAUGAUUGGACAUACCCAGUGCACUGUAGCAACGUUGUCGCCCUGAUCGAAACACGCGUUAUCAAGCCAUCCCAUUUGAGGACUAGUGACAUCCAAGACCGCGCUAAAGCUGACCCCUUUGCAAAAGGAUUUACUCUGCUCCAAGCCUUCUGGGUGACUUGCAACGUUAUUGCCAGAAGAGCAUACAACAUGCCCAUUACAGCUCUCGAAAUUGCUACGGUGGCUUAUAUCUCUUGUGCCGCCGCUACCUAUCUAAUCUGGUGGAAUAAACCGAAAGAUAUGGUAACGCCUAUCACGAUUUAUCUACCAUACGAUCGCGAUUCCGAGAGUCUACCGUCUCAAGUCAGAGAUAUCCUAGACGCAGAAGUUGGGGACUGGGUCCACUCGGACGAUAUCGCUAGAGACACUGGAUCUCCGGUAUGGCAAAUCAUUGUCGCAACUUUUCAUUUCCAACUUAGAAUGAUAUCAGUCCUAUUCGCACCUUGGUCGUGGAAUAGGAAAUGGGAAGAGCUGAAAGAAAAGCUGGAAGUCAUAAUCCGAGAUGCGACAGCCGAGCCCUCUGCUGCCCGCAAUGGUGACCAUCAAGACGAGGAAAGUCCCCGGCAGAUUGAAAAAGCAUCUCAUGCCAACCAUGGUAGCCAUAUAGACAAAGAAGGUUGCGAUGAGCCCGAAUCAGAACCAGUCAAUAUAAAUGGUGACCAUCAGGAUGAGGAAAUUUCUCAUGGUGUCACAGCAGCACCAGGGUCCCAACAGCCGAGAAAUGAGCCAAAAGUUGACGGAAUAUUGGCUGUAAAGGAUACUUUCCAAGGAAAAGAACCACUGAUGGAGUCUUCUGAAACCAGCAGAAAUGACCACCGUGACUUGGAAUCCCAACAGGAAACCCACGAGGAAACCGAGCUAGAAUCCAAGCCACAAGAAAUGAGGAUUUCAGUGGAAGACGACGAAAAGUUGACGAUCACGGAAUGGACCAAUAUCGCUCAUUUCUACAUGUUUGCUGCGCUGGUAUUUUGCGGGAUACAUGUUGCUGCAUGGAACUCCAUCUUCCCAACACGGGAGGAGCAGAUAGUAUGGCGAGUAUUCUCGCUAGUUGCACUCUUCAUCACCUGGCCUCUGUACUUGAAAUACCUUUGGUCGUUCUAUUGGCUCCGGCGUACAUUAGAUGACAAGGAGGAGCGUGUCUCAACUGCUGGUUGGUCAAAGCCAUCGGACCUAUUUUUCAUAUUGGUGUGGUUUUGCUGUUAUGCCACUACACGCUGGGGAAGUGUCAUCCUGAUGUUUAUAUCCCUCCGGGCAUUACCUGCUGGUUCUUAUAUCACUGUGGAUUGGUUGUCAUCAAUUCCCCAUAUCUGA